UUUUUUGCAUUAACAACAAAAUUUGGUGCUUAAUUUCGACAGAGAUUAAUUCGAUGGUAAAAAAUGUCUUUAAAUUUGCUUGAGAAUGCAUAGGAAGGUUGUCCGAAUAUCUUGGAAAAGCUAAAGCUAAAAAAUAUAUUUGAAAACUUAUUCUAAAUAAGAUCCCUUAAAAACACGUUAAAUUAUUUCGACCUUUCUAAAAUUUUAGAUUUUUAUUUAAAGACUAAAUACGUUUUUUAAACAAUGGUUGAAGGUCCUGUAAAACCUGUUCUCGAAAACAAUAUGAAACGUGGUUUUGUCAAACAGGUCUUGAGUGGAGAUUCUGUUGUAUUGCAAUUUUCGGUAGCGCCUGGAAGUCCUCCCAAUGAAACUACCGUUUAUUUAUGUAAUGUCGUUGCUCCAAGGUUGGCUAAACGUCCAACAGAGAAUACAGCUGCUACACCGGAUGAGCCCUACGCCUGGGAAGCGCGAGAAUUUAUUCGUAAAAAGUUAGUUGGUCAAACAGUUACUUUUGUGCGGGAGUUUACUGCUACCUCAGGACGUGAGCAUGGACACAUUUACCUUGGUGGCACAGGGCUCGAAAGCGCAGAGAACGUUACGGAAUCAGGAGUUUCUGCCGGUCUUUUGGAAUCUACAAAAAAAUUGUUGGAAUUACAAGAACAAGCAAAAGAGGCAAAGAAAGGUCGAUGGUCUGGCGAUGAACCAACAAAGCACGUCAGAAGUAUCCAAUGGUCUUUUGAUGAUCCCCGAUCUUUGGUUACUAAAUAUGGUGGAAAGCCUGUUGAUGCAGUUCGUGAUGGAAGCACUGUCAGAGCAUUUUUGUUGCCUUCCUUUGAUUAUGUCACAAUUGGUUUCAGUGGAGUAAAGACACCGGGAGUGCGUGUCGGAACUGAAGGAAAGCCUGAAGAAUUUGGAGAAGAAGCGAAGUUUUUUGUUGAGAUUCGACUUCUUCAGCGAGAUGUGAAAGUCAUUUUAGAAAGUACUUCGAAUCAAAACUUCAUUGGUAGCGUGCUUCAUCCACGAGGGAAUAUUGCUGAAUUUUUGCUGAAAGACGGUUUGGCAAAAUGUCUUGACUGGACAAUGGGUCUUGUAACUGGUGGUGGUGAGAAACUACGUGAAGCAGAGAACUUUGCAAAGCAACGACGUCUACGCAUCUGGAAAAAUUUCAAUGCUCAAACGACAUCGGCACCUUCUAUCAAUAAGAGCGGAUUUUCUGCAAAAGUUGUUGAAAUUGGUCUUUGCGAUUCACUUUCUGUCUUGAAGGACAAUGGGGAGGAAUUGAAAGUUUAUUUCUCCUCAUUGAGACCUCCUAGGUUUUUACUUUAUUUGUUGUUAAACAUUGUUUAAUGCAGGCGAGAAGGCACAGACGGCGCUCUUCCUGUUCAA